CACAAGAUUUUGCAUCAUAUGUAAAAGAACAGUAAUAAAUAAACUGAUGCCUUAAGAAGUGCAUACCUUACGCUUAAACUAUGUGCUAGACGAACGUGCUUUAAAGGAAAGAGUGCAAACUAAUAAUCGCCUUGCGUUUGCGACCAGCGGCAAUAAUAACACCAAGAGCAACAACAUGGAAGACAAAGAUGCCGCUGCCGCUGCGUCUACACCGCCGUCACCUUCAGGUGUACCCAACAAACCGCUUGGGCUGAGCACCAAGGUAGCGCUCUCGCGUCUACACGAGGACAUAGAGAAGGUGCUGCGAGAACAGGAAAUUGCGUAUCAAGCCGAGAGUUGCUACCGUAAAUUGCGUGCUGCGUUUGUGAAGCGCUAUGACAGCCCGUUGGGUUGGUUUGCCAUAUGCAUAACGUUGUUGACUGCCCUCAUUGGAUUUUUUCUAAUGUAUAGCUACAGCUUUGAAGUAUUUCUUUUGUUGAUGUCGCUGCUGGUACUGGAUCUAUGCAUAGUUAUACGGGAGAGCAAUCUGCGACGCACGGAAAUCUACCGCAAGACGCGUCAUGCUUUAGCUGAGCUUAAGAUGGCGGAGCAGCAUUUAUGCGACAACUGGCAACCCAACAAUUAUCCGCAUUUAAGCAAUCCAAUGUCACCUUGCGUUUCACUGCAGUGGACAUACCGCGAUGGCCAGAUAGUUAAUCUGCCGUGGGCGCUGCUAGUACGUGGAGAUUUUAUAGUGCUGCGUCCAGGCCAUAUAGCGCCUGGUGCGUGCUAUGAGCUUACAAGCAAACGCCACUUUAAGGCCAGUGAAAUUUAUGGCGCCUCGGCAGAUAAGCUGGGCGAGCCACCUGUCAAGCCUAUGGCACGUGCACCGUUACCGAAUCUAGUGUGUUGCCUGCAGAGCACGCCCUAUUUGGAUAAUCUGCGUGUUUGUCUGCAGAACUCGCUGAAGCGUCCACCCACCAUUUACAAUCAACAGCGCUAUUUGCUGGUAACCAAGUACAUACAGCAAUGGGGCUUCAUUAGCGCAUUGCUCAUAACGCUUAUCGCAGGCCUGGUGCGCAUUUACUAUCCACUGCACAGGGACAUUGGAAAUAAUUGGCGCAUGGUCUUUUUCGAAGCACCUACUGCGGCUGUUAUACCACUGCUGCCGCUCAUCUUUCCCAUCUUGUGGAUUUCAAUGAACCUCUGGGGGGUGGCGCGACUUCAGUGCUUUCUCAAGACACCGCAAGCUGUCAUGGACACAUCGCAUAGCAAAUCCUUUGAAGAUGUGGAUCUGGAUGCUCCAGCCUUUGAUUACGAUAGCAUUUCAAUAAUGCGCUCCAAUGUCUUGCGCAUCUGGCUGCAGCUUUGGUGGGGCGAUAGCGAGCUCUUGCCACGUUCGGCCAAUCUUGUGCAGGUGCUGGGCUCCAUUUCAGCGCUGUGCUGUGUGGACAAGAAGGGCAUACUUUCCUGGCCUAAUCCCACAGCAGAGAAGGUGUUCUUCUUGCACAACACAGAUGAGGAGCCACUGGACAAUGGCAGUCAGCUGUCUAUGGAAACGGAGAGUGAUAAUGUGGAAGAUUCAGAAAGCAAAGAACGUGGCAUUGUGGCUGAGGUAUUGGAUCUCACACACGAUCAGCACUGUCCCUUUCGUCUGGAGUUUGAUGACCACGAAUGGAAGGCACACAUCAAGUCGCUGAAGCCACUGGGUCUUGCUAUACUCUUGAACACUUGCUCGCCGCUCACCCAUGAGCACUAUGCACAAUUCUGUGGACAUGUUAGUGCCGUGGCCAUGCUUGAUAAAGAUCUGGUACCUGUGACAAAUCGGUAUGCGAUGUUUGAAUCCAGUAUGAAAUGCCUUUUGCAUGGACGCUGUCUCUGCGAGCUGGCCAAGCAAAUUGGCUUCACCAAUCAUGCAACGGACCGUUUUGCGCUGGAGGGUCAGUUGGCCAGUUACAGGCAUUUGCAACCGGAUGUGGUGCGUCGGGAUAUCCGCUUUGCGCGCCAGUUGCAGCUGUCGACCAAGGUGAAGGUGCCUUUUCCCCACUCGCUUUCCGUGGUGAUGCGUGAGAAUCCCGGUGGCUAUCUAUCGCUGUUCACACAAGGCACAGCGGAUAUUAUACUGGACUGCUGCGAUGACUUCUGGGAUGGCCAAGACUUGCGCCCGCUCUCGCCGCAGGAUCGCAAGCGAGCAUUGGACUUUUAUCAGCGCAGCGCAUUGACUUCCUAUUGCACAGCUUUUGCUUACAGACCGCUGCGUCAUGGUAUACAUGGAGCGUUGAGCGGACCACAGCAUAGCAAUGGACAGAUUGCUUACUUGGAGCUGCCGCCAGAGUCGAAGCUGCGCAUGCAGCAUGUGGACAAGACGCACUGCGACUUUGAGGGCGUGGGCGGUGUCAAUCCGCAUGUGAAGCUGAGCCACAGCAUUAGCACGGACUCGUUGUUGUACUCGGAGCACAAGGAUGAGGAUUGCAACGAUGUGGAGGGGUGCUUCGAGAUGCAGUGCCAUCAGGUCUUCAUAGGCAUGGUCACCAUGCAGUAUCAGGCGCAGAACGACAUUGUGCAGCUGGUGGAGCGCUUGGAACGCGCCUGCAUACGCUUUGUGCACUUCAGCAAGGAGAACGAGCUGCGCUCCAGAGUAUUCUCAGAGAAAAUGGGUCUGGAGUCGGGCUGGAACUGUCACAUUUCCUUGCUAAGCGAGCCAGAGCCGGAGAAGGAGCGUGAGCGUGAGCGCAGCGAUAAGCUCAAGGAUUCCUCGAAGCUGGGUAAUGCCACCAACACCUCGCACACAGACACCGUUGUCAUCCAAGCACCCAGCGCCCACUCCAAUGCAGACUGCUCCUCCCCCCAAGCUGACGAAGCUAAUACAUUUGCACUUGUAGGUGAUCCCGAUGAUGGACCCAAGCUAAGCUAUCUGCUGAGUCCGCCUACUAAUCUGGAAGCUAGCAAGACAUUAAGCAGCUCUGCGCCCGGCGCCAUAUCCAAUCCCGAUGCAGUGCUGCCUGAAGACGACGAGCUGGAGGAACUUGAUGCAGAACCAGAUCCAGAUCGACACAAGCAGCGUCAUUCGUUGGACUCGGCCAUGGAUGAGAAUUGCCGCUCGAUGAGCACGCUAACCGAGAGCACAGAUCAGAGCGCGCCCAUUAAUUUCGACAUGUCAAAUCGCGCCAAGCUGCCCAGAGGCAUAGAGAACAUACGUCCGCAUUUGGAGCAGGUGGACAAUGUGCCGCUGCAGGUGUCGCUCUUCACCGACUGCUCGGCGGAGGCGACUAACCAAAUGCUGGACAUUAUGCAGUCAUAUGGCGAAAUUGUUGUCUGCCUGGGCAGCUCGGCUAGCAAUGACAAUGCCAAGAUCUUCCUGCAGGCGGACUGCAGCAUAGCCGUGGAGCCGCUGUAUCCUCAGGUCUGCCAAGAUGUGGACGCCUAUACGGAGUCGAAUUUGCAGCACAACAAGCUGCACUGGCAGCGCCAGCGUCAGGGCAAGGCGGCCAAUCAGGCGGCUGAGCAGCUGCUCGAGUCGGGCGAGGCACGUGCCAUGCAAUCCCCGUCGCACACCGUCUCCCCCAUUUAUCUGAGUCGUCUGCUCAACUCGCUGCCCUGCUCCAUAGCCAUUUGUCGCGACGACCCACUUUCGCUGGUGGCCAUAAUUGAGCUGUCACGACGCUUCAGUCUGGGCCUAUGGAAUUGCAUACAGUAUUGGGCCUGCUGUGCCGGCUCCAUUUCCAUACUCAAUGUGCUCUGCGCGUGCCUCUCGCUGCCGCCGCUCGUGCCGCCGCUGCUGGGCAUUUAUCUCAUGUGUGUACCCGUGCCAUUAAUAGCCAUCUCGCUGGCUCACAUCGAUCUGGAUCCAAAGAUUAUGCAUCGUGCCACAAGCAAAAAGCAAACCGAAUACGAUUCGCGUGCCUUUGCCUUCGUCAUGUGGUGCUAUGGCUGCAAAUUUCUGCUGCCCGUCGUCUCGCUGCUGGUUACCUUCUGGAUGUGCAUGACCCCACCGUAUAUUGUUGCUCUGGACGAGGAGUUGUCUUUUCGUAAUGAACUGUAUGCUUCGCUCUAUUUAGCGCGUUGUAGCGCUGUUCCUGGUCUGCUGCUGCAUUUUGUGCUCGUAUCGAUUUCGUUUGUGCAUCGUGAUCAUGCACUCUGGCAACGGAAUCCUUUCCGCAAUCGCAUUUGGGCAUACACCUGCCUGGGACUGUUGCUACUGCAUUUUGUAAUCUGGAUAUGCCAAAUGCUGCUGACGCUGAGCGACUUGGAGUUGCAGCAAUUGCAAAAUAUCUGGCUGCCUAUACUUCUAAUCUUUGCUAGUAGUUUGCUCAGCUUGCUCGUCAGUGAGCUGGCCAAGUUUCAGGAAAACAAAGUUAAUACGCGUUAUCAGCGACGUGCGCGCUUGGACUUUGGCACCAAACUGGGCAUGAAUUCGCCGUUUUGAAAUGUUUAUACCACCGUUAGCCGUUAGCCAAAAUACACUGCACAUGAAAUUACGCUAGUGCCAAAAACAACAAACGCUGUAAAUAUUACAAAACUACAGCACAUGCUUUUAUUAUCAUUUUAUUUG